AUGGCGGAAAUGAACACCUUAGGAUGGAUCGACUAUCUGGUUAUAGCGGUGAUGUUGUGCAUUAGUGCUGGAAUUGGUAUUUAUUACAGGUUCAGUGGGGGGCGUCAAAAAACUACGGAGGAAUACUUCAUUGCGAGUCGAUCCAUGAGCAUUAUGCCAGUCGCAAUCGCUCUGGUGGUCUCCUUCAUGUCUGCCGUUACACUGCUCGGUGUGUCCGCUGAGAAUUACACAUACGGGACGCAAUUUGUUGUAAUAAAUUUAUCGUAUCUAAUUGGCACGCCGAUUGUGUGCUACGGAUUUCUUCCAGUAUUCUAUAAAUUGCAAGCGACAAGUGCCUACGAGUACUUAGAAAAGCGUUUUGGUGUAAAAGUUAGGAUGAUGGCUAGCUUUAUUUAUUGGGUUCAACUGCUUUUGUACUCAGGAGUGGUACUUUAUGCUCCUUCUCUAGCCUUGGAAGCGACCACAGGAAUGUCUAAGACUGCCAGCAUAAUUAUUAUCGGCCUUGUAUGCGCCUUCUAUUCAAGCAUAGGUGGCAUUAAAGCAGUGUUGAUAACGGACGUAUUUCAAGGCUUGCUUAUGUUCGCCUCCGUAUUCUUAAUUAUUGGUAUAGCCGCAAACGAUGUUGGAGGAUUGGGACAGAUCUGGGAAAUUGCGAGGCAGGGGCAUCGGUUGGAAUUUGACAGCAUUGAUCUGGAUCCAACGGUGAGGCAUACCUGGUGGUCUCUCAAUUUGGGUGGUUUAUGUACAUUUUUAUCACUUUACGGAGUGAACCAAGUACAAAUACAGCGUACGUUAACUCUGAGAAAUAUGAAGGAUUCGCAAACUGCCAUGUGGUUGUCGUGGCCCAUUCUGACACUUCUAUCGUUCACAACUUGCUUCUCAGGAUUGGCCAUAUACAGCAAAUAUCAUAAAUGCGAUCCAUUUCUUCAGAAAAGAAUUACUUCACCUGAUAUGCUCAUGCCACUGUUUGUUAUGGACACAAUGUCCAAGAUGCCUGGUUUACCAGGUCUCUUCGUUGCAGGUAUUUUUAGCGCAGGCCUCAGCACUAUUUCUGCGGCGUUAAAUUCUCUUGCAGCAGUGACAUUGGAAGACUAUUUGAAACCCAUAUAUAAAAAAUUCGGGGGAUACGAAUUCUCUCCUACAAGAUCAACCUCUAUUGCUAAAGUGCUCGCUUUUACAUUUGGUAUUAUUUCCAUCGCGCUGGCGUUUUUAGCACAAUUUUUGGGCGGAUUACUUCAGGCUUCCUUAACUAUUUUCGGAGUAGUCGGAGGUCCACUAUUAGCCAUUUUUACGCUUGGCAUGGGAACGGAAUCUGCAACAGAAGGCGGUACAAUAGUCGGUGCUCUCACGGCGUUCUCGUUUUUAUUUUGGAUCGUCUUCGGUCAACCACGUCCGAUGCCACCUAAAUUGCCGACAACUAUCGAAGGCUGUAGUGAUACUAUUGCAAACAUAACAAUGUCGGCAUUGCAAAACGUUACGAGUUUCUCCAGAAGCACCGGCGACAGUUCGUACUUCUAUUUGUAUCGUAUUUCGUAUAUGUGGUACUCUCCCCUAGGAUUCUUAAUUACAUUUAUACUUGGACUGCUCAUCAGUAAUCUGUCUCGUUUGUUUAGCAAAAAACAAAAGGAUAAAUUGGACCCUAAUUUAUACUUUCCUGUGAUAUCACGUCGUAUUCGUUAUAGACGUAAUAAAAUAGAAGACGAUGGAAUUUCUCCAUUAGACAGAAAAUAUUCUUUCAACGACGAAAUCUACGAGAAAGACAAUAACAUUGAUAAAAUCUGUACAAAACUUUAACAGUUUAAUUAUAAUCUCAAUAGGUGUUGGACAUUCCGUUCUUAUAAUCGGAGAAAAUUUACGUUUGGAUAAAAAAUCAUACAUAUGACAAGAAAAUCAAAAGUAUAUAUAUGUAUAAUUAUAUAUACAUAUAAUUAUAUAUAUAAUUUUUUCAACAUUAAUUCUUUGAAAUUGCCACAAUUUUCGUGCUAACAAAAUUCCACGAGAGAUUUAAAUGACUGAUACAAAAAUUUGGAAGAAUUAUUAUUAAAAAAAUUUUAUCUAUGACAUUGUAAGCGUAAAAAAAUACACUAUAAUAAUAUUAGCGACUAUAAUUUUUUGCACUAAAGCAUUUUUGUUUUUUAAGAUGUAAUUGAUUUUUAUUUUAAUAUGUAAAGUUAAUAAUUUGUGUUUUGCAACACAAAUUUUGUGUCAUCCAUGCUACAUUUGGCACUGCCAAUUUGUACAGUAUACCAAAGAGAAAUCUCUUGUAGAUAGGAUAAUGUUUGAAAGAGCUAUUAGUGCUUUAUGUAAAAAUUUUGCAGUGAAACAUAUCUACAAUAUGUAUACGUAAUUAGUUCAUUUCCUGAUACUUGUAUAAUUUUUGUAGAUGAAGGGAAUCUACCUCCUAAGAAAUCUUGACAAUAUUUCGCUCUGUAAGGUUAUGAAAAAAACCAACUUGAACAUGUUACAUGUAACAUUUCUAGCUGUAAUAAUUUUUAUAUAAUAAGGAAUCCUAAUGAGUUAUAUGUAUAGUUGUUUCGUUAUAUAAUUUUUUAUAUUUGUUUAAAACAAGUACGGCUGUCUGGUUACUUAAAAAGUUUAUUAUUUUCUAUAGAAUAUUUUAAUUGUGACAGCAGUAUAUGUAUAUUUUGUUCAUGUUCUUUGAAUUUAAGAGAGAACUCGGAUAUAUUUAGAUGUGAAA